AUGAAUAGACUACGGCACAGCAAGAGAGCUGCAAAGCAGCUACUUGUUCAAAGAGCUCGUCACUCAUCAACGCCAACUCCCCAGAUCCGGACAGCGGCCGAAGCAGCGUCUCAUAUGAUGGAGCACUAUGCGCACAAGGUUAUCAAGCGUAGCCAGUACAUUGACUCGAAUCAGCUCCAGAAGCUCGCAGUAACGCUUGGCCGGCCAGUCCUCGAUGGCCACGACAUGCGCAGGACAAGUGCGCCUGCGGGCACUCCCGUGCCCCCGGCACACCACCUUGUCUAUUUCACGCCAUACGAUGUCGAAGCCGAUCUUGGUGCUGACGGGAGUGACCGGACGUUCAAUGCGCCCGCUCCAUUUACGAGGAGGAUGUGGGCGGGUGGUCAUAUCAAGUUUGAUAGGGGGAACCCCCUGAGAGUAGGGGACGAGGCCGAGGAACACACGAAGCUGAUCAGUGCGGUUUCGAAGACGAGUCGAUCUGCUGGUGAGAUGGUGCUUGUCGAGGUAGAGAAAAAGCUGUACGGAUCACGAGGACUGGCACUGGUCGACACACGGUCAUGGGUUUUUCGACCAGUGAUACAAGGACAGUCUGAUGCUCAAGGGGGCGUGGCGCUUCGGAGUGUCGACGGCAACAUCCUAGCUCCAUCUUCGGUUUCUGAUGUGAUGAUAAAUGACAGCAGUGAGACUGCUGAGGGCCACCCUGGCGUCGUGGUACACGGGCCCCUGAACGUCAUCAACUUGCUGGAUUACUGGAGAGAUGUUCAUGGAAGGGGCACAGGGCCUGAUGAAAUCAGCUACAGGGCCGUGUCACCAGUCUAUGCAGGAGAGGAGUAUCAAAUACGGACUGUGGACGUCCUCGUGGCUCCCGAUGGCCAAGUGUUUGAGGUAGUGGCUGCAAAGGACGGAGUGGUGAUAAUGAAGGCUUCCAUAAUCAAAAGAGCAUAA